AACAUUACAGAUGUUACAAACAAUCAAGUUCAGAAAUUCUUACAAACAACGAGUAACAUAUUAGAUGCCAGCAACACUGACUCCUGGAAGUCUAUCGAACAAAACAAUAAUAAUCAGUGAUGCAUGUUAGUCGAAUAGAGAAACAUACUCCUAAUAUACUGUUUCCUGAAGAGAAUCCAGGAGAUUUCAAGACUGUGUAUUUACCUAAAUCAUCAUUGGAAAACGCGUCGUCAUUUUCAGUAGUGGUUUACAAGAAUUUAUCUGGGAUUCUCUCCUCUAACACAGUAGAUAAUACAAGUGAUGCAAAGUCGGUGAUCUCGUCAGAAGUGAUAUCGGUCAAUCUUGAUAACUGGCAAAGUAAUCCAAAUUUCAAUAUAUCAUUAACAUUGGCAUAUUUUCAGACAAAAUCGGGCCAACCAAAAUGCACAUUUUGGAACAUGAGCAGGUCAGCCUGGGAUACCAAUGGAUGUACUCUCGCAAUACAACGAAGUAAUUCCUCCAUGUGUGUUUGCAAUCAUCUCACGAACUUUGCUAUUCUGAUGAGUCCUUGGACUGAGAACGUGGAUACCACGGCUUUGGAUGUGAUCUCGAUUGUAGGAUGCAGCAUUUCAAUGCUUGGGUUGAUCAUCACAGUUGUUGUACAUUUUCAUCUAUGGAGAUAUGUGAGGUCGGAUCGCGUGGUUAUCCUCAUGAAUUUGUCGAUUGCGCUUAUCUCAUCAUACGCAGUUUUCAUAGGCGGGGUUGAUCGAACAGAGAAUAAGGCUCUGUGUACAGCUAUUGCGGUUCUAUUGCAAUACAUCUAUUUGGUUGUGUUCUUUCUGAUGUUGGCGGAGGGAAUAGAUAUCGGAAUAACCGUACUUUAUGUCUUUGUGACGAAGUCCAGAUUGAAGUGGAUUCUUCCUGCAGCAUGGGCAUUGCCAGCAGUCAUCGUUGGAGUUUCCAUGGGAGCCACAAAGCUUGAGGGAUAUGGAAACACCAAGUUUUGCUGGCUGUCUAUGGAAGGCGGUUUGAUUUGGGCAUUUGUUGCACCUGCGAUGCUAAUUAUUUUGGUCAACUUUGUUGUGCUGAUUCUUGUUAUCAGGACGAUGUUUCGUUCUAAAACAUUAUCAGAAAAGUCCAGAUCAGAGCGAUCAAAAGCCGGCGUUCGGUGUCUGUGCGUGCUGCUUCCGCUUAUGGGUUGUACGUGGGUGAUUGGUCUCCUCUACGUGAACGAGAGCAUGGCCUGGGUCCAGUACGUGUUUGCAGUGUGCAACAGCUUGCAGGGACUGGUGAUAUUUGUCUUCCAUUGUGUGCUAAAUGUACAGAUUCGAAAUGCUUUACUGCGACGGAAACACCGUAAGCAGAGCAAAUCGUUUAUUUCAACAAACAGCGCAUCAUUUGUCUCAACACGUGUCACGGAGGAGCCUUUUGCUUUGCCAAAGAUUAAUCUUUCAACUGCAAAACGUACACCUAGAGGCAGCUUACAUUCAGCUGAUGAUGCCACAGGGACAGGGAGAGUUUCAAACUGUAUUGUCUAGUCCAUGACAUGUACAAUAUAAUAAUACAUAAAAUAACACAAUUAACAAACAUG